GGUCGAGGGCGGCGCCUGCGCGCGGGGAAGGGGUGGGCGCGCCGUGGAACGGACGCGCCAUGUGUGCCUAGCGCUGCCCGCGCGGGAGCAGCCUCAGUGCGGGGCGGCCGCCGCCGGGCAGCGCUGCGCGCUCGCGGCUCCGGGCUGCUCCCCUCCCCCGCGCCGGCCGCAGGCUCCUGGCCUGGGGGAGAGCGAGCCCGGGCUAUGUCUUCCUCUCGGGGCUUCCUCUACGGCUACUUCUGCCUCGCCAGCCGGGCGGCUGCCCGCCGUUCCCUGCUGCUGUGCCAGCGGGCGGCGGGGGCUUCCUCCGUCCUCCCGGGGCCGCUGCUCCUCGGCGGCGCCCGGCGGCGCCUCUCCGCCUCCCGCGGGCUGAGCCCUGCUGCCCGGUGCGCGGCGGCGGGGCGGCGAGAGGGCGGCAGGCGGGCGGCGGCGGGGUCUGGGCCGUGCGCGCCGAGACAGCGGGGCUACGGCGGGCUCGGCGCGGCGGGCGGCGGGUUCCGGCCGGCGCGGGUGGCGGUGGUGGCCAAGACGACGCGGUACGAGUUCGAGCAGCAGCGGUACCGCUACGCCGGGCUCUCCGAGGAGGACCUCAAGCAGCUGCUUGCCUUGAAGGGAUCUAACUAUGCUGGUCUACUGGAGCGACAUCGCAUUCAUACAAAAAAUGUGGAGCAUGUCGUAGACAGCUUACGGAACGAGAGGAUAGAAGUCCGUCUUGUUAAACGUCGUGAAUAUAAUGAAGAGACAGUUCGGUGGGCAGAUGCUGUUAUAUCAGCAGGAGGUGAUGGUACAAUGUUGCUGGCAGCCAGUAAGGUCUUUGAUAAAUUUAAACCAGUUAUUGGAGUAAAUACGGAUCCUGAAAGAUCAGAGGGCCACUUAUGCUUGCCUGUGAGGUAUACACAGUCUUUUCCUGAGGCACUACAGAAGCUUUAUCGUGGUGAGUUCAGGUGGCAGUGGCGGCAACGAAUCCGACUGUAUCUUGAAGGAACUGGUAUUAACCCUACCCCUGUAGAUCUACAUGAACAGCAGCUAAGCCAGGAGCAAUACAGCAGGGCUCAUAUAAAUGAAAGAUUCCAGGAUCAAAGAUCUGAGAUUUCUGGUCCUCAUCUUUUGCCAGUGAGAGCACUCAAUGAAGUCUUCAUUGGGGAAUCUCUCUCAUCCAGGGAGAACUAUAAGUCCUGCAAACCCAGUUUUAAAUUCUCGCUUCAUAGGGCCUCCUAUUAUGAGAUAUCAGUUGAUGAUGGUCCAUGGGAAAAACAGAAGAGUUCAGGGCUUAAUGUAUGCACUGGAACAGGAUCAAAAGCAUGGUCCUAUAACAUUAACAAGGUAGCAAAUCAAGCUGUUGAAGAGAUCCUUAAGAUUGCUAAAAAGCAUGGAGGUUUGAAUCUGCCAUUGAAUGCAGAACUAGUACAAAAAGUAACAAAUGAUUACAAUGACUCCCUGCUCUAUAGCCCAGAAGAACCAAAGAUGCUUUUCAGUAUUCGAGAACCUAUUGUAAACAGAGUUUUCUCAAGUAGUCGGCAGCGUGGCUUCUCUUCAAAAGUCUGUGUCCGUUCCCGUUGCUGGGAUGCAUGUAUGGUUGUAGAUGGAGGAACAUCUUUUGAGUUUAAUGAUGGGGCAAUAGCUUCAAUAUUGAUCGAUACAGAGGAUGCACUGUGCACCGUUCUGCUGGAAGAAUGAAGGACCCUAGUGUGUUUUCUGUUGAAACAAUUCUGGAUCCAGAGAGGGAACUCCUGGAGAUACGCAGCAUGUCACAACGCUGCGUUAAGUUGGAAGUUAGCUUUUUUUGGAUGCAAAAGCAUUUGAAAGAAGCCUGAGACACUUUUCAUUCCUUGGGAUGGGGAAAUCUUAGAAACCUAAUACUUAAGCUGUUUUGCAUCUGGUGUAAAAGAAAUGUAUCUGAAGUCUUACUUAUAACUUCAGUGAAAAUUGACGCUUCUAACCUGUAAAGCAAACGUGAAAGAGCAUCUUUUUAAACUUGGGUAGAUGGGUUCAAAUAUUAAGACAGUAGCAUUAAAUAUUCAGAUGUACAGUUUUUUAAUAGCAGUCUGGGACUGAUGAAACUAAACACCUUCAUACGUACACUUUUGUAGAAAAGCUGACUGUCAAGAUCGAGUGACUUGAUGCAAGGAUACAUAGAUUUUGGUAAAUUCUGAUACCUAACAAAAAUGGAAAUAUGAACUUUUUAUAUGCUUUUCAAAAAUUUUACAACUUUGUAGUUUUCAUAUGAAUUGUGACAUAUCUUUUGGCUCUUCCAGUAUUUUUUUCCUACUGUAUAGAUUUGCAUUGAAACUUUUGUCUGGUUUAGUUUCUUGAAGCUCUGUUCACAUAUCUUGAAUGAGUUACCUCUCACCUUUGCUGUUUGGAUAGAGAGAGACUUGAAACCUAAGGGUAUUCUUAAAGCCUUUAACAGGAAUAUAUUAACUAUGAAAAGUGUAUUGAAGUAAUAUAUGCUCCUUCACUGAAUGGAGUAACUGGUUUGCAGGUGUUCAGUCACAGAAGUUUAUGUAGGUAGCUAUCACUAAAAAAGGCCUUAGUAAAUAAAAUGGUUUGGAAUUUUGGCUUCUGAAGCUGCUUUGUCACUACAGAAGAAUGAGAUGUGCUAGUAGUUGGAGUGCAGGUUAACACCUACGUGUUUCCCUGUCUUCCGAGUUUUUAACUACCCCAUAAAAUGCUUCCUUUCCCAACCCCAUGCUGAAUUCUACUGGUUCAAUUGGCACCAAAUUACAGCUAACUUCAUGUGCUUCUGAUUAUGUAUCUGUUAGGUAAGCAAGUUUUUAAUACAGGAAAAUAUAAGCUCCAUGAUUAUGAGAGGGAAUUGACCUUUAAAUAAUGUUUUAGAGAAACUGUGAACUUUGACUGCCUUUGGAAGUUCAUGCUGAUUAAUGCAUAGAGGAGAGGGCAGAAUUUGAGAAAAUGGAUUUGCUACAGCCAGAACUCUUCUGGUACAUGACUUGAAACAAUUUUUUUUGUUGUUGUUUACUACAGAUCUAUUUCCAAAAGGCAGAUUUCCACAAAAUACUUCUGAGUGAAGAGGCUUCUGUAACAGAUAUUCUCAGGUCUAAUGGAAAUAUUAUCCAGUGUGGCCAAUCAGUGUAUUUAUUGCCAAUCACAAAAAUGUAAACUGAUUUUUAUAGGUGGAGGAAGUGGAUAAAGGACUUCUGCCUUUCACUAGUUAGUUUUUCUUUUUUUUUUCCCCCUCCUGCAGAGUUUACUCUGAAACAGAGUUCAGAGGAAAAGGAUUUGACAAGACCAUUGAAUUCUAGAAAAAUGGGAUACUGAUAUAUGAAUAAGCUGUCACUGUUUUGUGCACAUUUCAUCUUUUAAGUGUGCUGGUGAUUGAAGUACUAUUUACAAUAUCUGCUUAAGCUAUCUGGAUUGUAAAUGGGAAGGGGAAAAUCAAAGUAGUCAAAUAUUCUUUAUUCUCAUAGUUUCCUGAAUUUUAAAAAGUUUCUAAAGCUCUUCUGUAUGUCUGAGCUGCAAAACUACUCUAAAGGUAAAGAUGUGAAAGACUUAAUCCUUCUUUAGGAAGUGGGUUGCACAGAAACUAGGGGAUUAGUUAUUCCUAAUCCAUCUAUAACCAGAUAAAUGAUGGUUUAUGUGCCUCUCUCUAGUAUACAAGUCAAUAUGCUGUUUAAAAAAAAAAGCGCCAGUGAAAUGAAUUUAUGACUUCCUAGGACUUUGCCACUAACUGUUAGACCAGAGGCUUAUUUGGGAUUAAAUAUUCAGGUAUUUAAAGUGUCCCUAAGUACCUACAUGGUUUUAAAUUUAUGGCAGAAGUUCUAUUCCCUGCUUAUUCAGAGAUGUGUGUGCUGUAAUGUUUAAAUGGAGCCGGAGUAGGGUGUCAUCUUCUUAAAUCUGUUAUUCCUUAUUCUGAAGGCUGAGACUAAAAGGCAGUGUUUUUCAAGUCUUAUAGACCCUAAGCAUAAUCUGGUUUAAGGCCAGAGGGUUUAGGGUUUAGUAAAGAGAUUUCACAGUUAAAUUCUUAACCAUUAUAUGUAGUGAAAUGGAAACAUGACCUACUCAUGAGUGGCCUCUACUGGCUUUGUGUCUGUAUUUAAUUGCACUUCUGUUGAAGCAUUUACUGGUGAAUGCUUGAUUUAAAUAACUAUGAUGGGUCAGAGAUCUAUAAUAGAUAAUUAGUAAGCAGGGCUAGCUUUUAAUAAAGAACCAUAAAAGCCUUUUUAAGAAUCCUUUAUUACAAAGGAAUACAGUACAGACAAUUUACCUGAUAGACAGUGUUCUCUGAUAUGACUGAGUAUUGGUUUAACACUGAUUUAAUCGGCCUGGUCUGGCAAUCAGCUCUGUCGCUCUUCCACCUGCUGAUUCAAAUCCCUGGUCUAUUUUCAUUUAGUGCCAGUCCAUACUUCUGUAUUCUGCUAAAAUAAACCUGUCAUUCUUUGCUUUUUUAAAGUGGUGUUUAUACAUUAUGUAAUAAAAUUAAAGCGUAAUGGAUGUUUGAAA